AUGGCUACGGACAAUUUUGGACCUCCACGCGAUUACUUCAGUAUUAAUAUCAUAAGCUUCAGCUCCAAGUCCCACAGUCCAGCCACUCUCAUUGUGGCUGUUUUUUUCUUCUCCAUCAUCCUCUUAGCAGCCCUUCUUUCGUUGCAUUAUUUCUGUCGUCGCAGCAAUGCUAGUACGACGACAGUGGCCAUUCCUGUGGCAGUCCCGACGAUUGCAUUAGGCCUUGAUGCAGCUGCCAUUGACAGCAUACCUAUUUUCUUGCAUGGCUCGGUGUUAGGGAAAAAUGAUAAUAAUAAUAACAAUGUGCCGAGAGAUCAGAAGGAGGAGUGCUCGAUCUGUUUGGCAAUGUUUGAAGAUGGCGAAAGAGUAAAGGUUUUGCCUGAAUGCCUACAUGCUUAUCAUUCGGAAUGUGUGGAUAAGUGGCUUAAAAACAAGUCCAGUUGUCCUCUUUGUAGAUCUUCACUUGAUUCUACGGCUACUGAAUUUGCCAAUCCUUAA